UUAUUAUAUGAAUGUACUACUCACUGAGAUGAACAGCAGCAAUUACACUCGCAUCGUAAGGCUAUUCUCAUGAAAGGAUUGAUAACAAUGGCCGAGUUUGACGGGAACUUUAUUCCCCACCUCUCGAUUUAGCACCAGGCCAUGUGCAUGUGGCAAUGCGUGAAAGCAUGCUCCCGUCGAUCGUCCGAGAUCGUUCAGCUUAAUUCUGACAAAUUCAACUGCACCUCCCCAUCGAUUGCCAUUCCAUUCCACUCGAUUGGCAGACGAUACACAGCUUCAACCACCAUCGCUAUCUACUCUGACGCAGCGCAGAUUGGACCGAGAUCUAGCAGCUCCUUUGUACCACGGCGUCUGAUGCACAUGGACCGCGGCGCGACCCCGCGAUAACCCACUCAGCUAUUACAUCAUGGGCUGGGACUGCGAGGAAGAUCAGCAAGACGGGCAGGACGGGCGACCAAAGCCGCAAAGGCACAUUACGUUUGAAGAGGGGAGUUUGAAUGGGAGUGACGAGGACGAUGGAGCUGUCGAGGUCACUUUCGAUUCAGGCAGUCCAUACCGGAGGAAGAGCUCACUUGUCACGUCCGAGGCUCCUGUUCCUCAGACAAAGCGCAUCCCGCCGGGCCGACGCGCUGAAUGUGUUGUCCAUCAAUUGAUCGAGGACCAGCGGCGGUCUAGAGGGAGCUCGGCUGCGAGCUCACCCAACCGUAACCUCCACCAUGCGCAUCCGAUAUACACGAGCCACCACGAUGGAGCGGAGGACAUUAGCGGAGAGAAGAGGAUGGACAAGGUCGUUGAUCGGAAGAGCCCCGGCCAUCGGCGGAAAUCCCGAGUGGUCGUGGACACAGAUUGCUUCGAGGACGAUGACGAUGCCGGCCUUGGGCAGGUUGACCAGAAGAUCUGGACCAAGGAGAUGACAAAGACUGAUUCGGAGACGGAUCUCACUCAGCAGCAAGACGAAAACCUGCAUAGCCGCAUGUUGACUAAGAAGCAGCUGAGCGAUAUGGCGUGGGGCGUUCGCGAACUGAGCAGACGGCUGAGCAGCAUGCGCAUCCGCUUCCGGGUCAAGUGCAUCUUUCUCUUGACAAAGAUUCACGACUCGGACUUGAUUAUCAACACGAGAGCGCUGGCACAGUGGCUCCUCAGCAAGGAGAGAGACGUCAAGUAUGUCGUGUACGUGGAGAAGAACCUCAAGACCAACAAGAAGUUUGAUGUGGGGAAGCUGGUUGAUGACUUGGUUCACGACUAUGCCAAAGAGGGCGGCGUGGACGAGGACACCGCUCGAGAGGAUAUCCAGAAACGCCUAAGAUACUGGGACGAAGGCAUGUGCAGGACACGGCCUCACCAGUUUGACUUUGUCAUCACCCUCGGAGGCGACGGCACGGUUCUGUACGCGAGCUGGCUUUUCCAGAGGAUCGUGCCGCCCGUGCUGAGCUUUGCGCUAGGAAGCCUUGGGUUCCUGACAAAGUUUGACUUUGAAGACUUUAAGCCGAUCCUCAACUCGGCGUUUUCAAAGGGCGUGACGGUGAGCUUGAGGCUUCGCUUUGAGUGCACCGUCAUGAGGAGCGUGAAGAGGAAGACGCCCGACUCGGAGUCUGAGGAGGACGGCAACGAGCUGCAUUAUAAGCGGGAUCUGGUGGAGGAGCUGAUUGGAGAGGAGAAUGAGGAUGAGCGGACUCAUCGGCCGGAGGGGACAUUUGAGAUUUUGAAUGAACUGGUAGUUGAUCGAGGACCAAACCCGACAAUGUCAUAUACGGAAAUCUUUGGAGACGAUGAGCACUUUACUUCGGUGCUCGCAGAUGGUAUUUGUGUAUCUACACCGACGGGCUCGACGGCUUACAAUCUCGCUGCUGGUGGCUCCUUGUGCCACCCUGAAAAUCCCGUCAUGCUCGUUACAUCCAUCUGCGCCCACACGCUGUCCUUCCGACCCAUCAUCCUGCCCGACACCAUCGUUUUGAGAGUUGGCGUCCCGUACAAUGCCAGGACGGCUUCAUGGGCCAGCUUUGACGGGCGAGAGCGGGUAGAGCUGAGCCCGGGCGACUAUGUGACUGUGAGCGCGAGCAGAUACCCUUUUGCUUCGGUCCAGACAGAAGGACGCAGGAGCGAGGAUUGGAUCAAUAGCAUUAGUGGAAAGCUGGGAUGGAACACGAGACAGAAGCAGAAGGGAUUCAAGGAGUGGGACGCCUGAGGUGUGAUGUGUCUUGCAUGGGGUGCAUGGUGUUUUGACAAUAGAGGUCAAGGGUUUGACGGAGUUUCAUCAAGUUCAAUAUGUUGGGUUAUUCUGUAUAUCUAGGGCACCAAAGACAAAAAAACAUACGCAGUUGAAAUUAAAAAAAUUUAAAAGCAAUAUACGGAGUAAUAGUAAGACAGUAUAUAAGCAC